UGUGGCUCUGCAGCAUCACCGUCCUGCUGGGCACUGCCCUCCUCCUGCCCGUGCCCGGGGGCACCCAGGUGAGCCCCCACCCUCCGCCUCGCCCUCCCACUGCCCUGCGUGAUGAGUGGGCACAGGGAGAUCCACGUGUGAUCUAUGCCACCCCCCGGCACCCCCCUUCUCUCCCCACAGGCUCCAAGUGACUCUGGGCAGAAGGACCUGGCCGUGGAGCAGGAUUUGGCCAAGGAAAUCAUCCUGGGCAUACGAGCGGUGGAGCCACCAGAGCCUGAGAUCACCGAAGAGGUGGAACCGGGUGUAAAGGUCUUCUCCAGCAGCGCCGGGGCUCAAUGGGGCCCCCGCCAAGCCCAGGUGGGACCGGAGGAGGACCGUGACCACCUCCACCACCCCCAGGAUGAUGUCGGGGAGGCCGAUGCCAGCAGGCCACCCUGGAAGCUGUCCCUGGAGGUACAGAACGGCCCGGAGGAGGACCGCGACCAUCUCCACCACAGCUGAGUCGAUAUGUGCCCGGGCUGCAAAAUAAGGGGCGGAAGCCACCCCUGGGGGUUUCUGAGGGGACUCGCCCCUCCCUACCCACC